GGCUGGACAUAUGGCGAGUCUUCAGUUCCACGGCAACGUUGAUGCGGACACCAGGUACGAUGCGUCGCUGGAUCCUGCGCGUGAGUCGGAAUUGUUCGGCUUGCUGAUGUUCCUGCAGCUGGGAAUGGGCAUGAACCCAGUUCCGAAGUGGCCCAGAUGGUGGCCCAUUUGGCUGCGGCCUGUGGGCGGGCUGCUGGCCAAGGCCUACUGCUCGAUGGUGAUCCUGACGUCGCUCCACUUGGGUCUGCUCUUCACCAAGACAACGCUGGACGUGCUGCCAACGGGCGAGCUGCAGCCCAUCACGGAUGCCCUCACCAUGACCAUCAUAUACUUCUUCACGGGCUACGCGAACAUCUACUGGUGCGUGCGAUCAAAGCGAUUGCUGGCCUUCAUGGAGCACAUCAAUGGGGAGUAUCGCCAUCACUCGCUCGCUGGCGUGACCUUUGUGAGCAGCCACACGGCCCACAGAUGGUCCCGCAGCUUCACCUCCACCUGGAUCCUGUGCUGCCUGGUGGGUGUGAUCACCUGGGGUGUGUCCCCCCUGAUGCUGGGCAUACGAACUCUUCCUCUGACCUGCUGGUAUCCCUUUGAUGCCCUCGCCCCAGGCACCUACAUGGCGGUGUACGCCACUCAGCUCUUCGGGCAGAUUUCGGUUGGUGUCACAUUCGGCUUUGGCGGAUCCCUGUUUGUCACCCUCUGCCUGCUGCUGCUGGCCCAGUUCGAUGUGCUCUACUGCAGCCUGAAGAACUUGGAUGCCCACGCCAAGCUGCUCUCUGGCGAGACAAUCAGAGGGCUAGGGUGAGUGGACCUCUAACCAUCUAGGGAUAACUAACUCAGGUGAGUCCUGCUUAGCAUUCUGCAACGAGACCUGCUCCAGGGUUCCUCCACACGGGAGCUGAAUCAAUAUGCCUUGCUGCAGGAGCAUCCCACGGAUCUGCUUAGAAUCUCCGCUGGAGCUGGAGCGGGAGCGGGAUCCCAUCGUCUGGGGCAGGUGAAAGCUUUCCACAGUGCCCUCGUGGAGUGUGUGCGUCUGCAUCGCUUCAUUCUGUACUGCUGCGCGGAGCUGGAGAACCUAUUCAGCCCGUACUGCCUGGUCAAGUCCAUGCAGAUUACCAUCCAGCUUUGCCUGCUGGUGUUCGUGGGUGUGUCCGGCACCCAGGAGUUCCUGCGUAUUGUCAAUCAGAUUCAGUACCUGGCGCUGACCCUCUUCGAGCUGCUGAUGUUCACCUAUUGCGGCGAGCUGCUCAGUCGGCACAGCGUGCGAUCCGGAGAGGCCUUCUGGAGAGGCGGAUGGUGGAAGCACGCCCACUGCCUGCGCCAGGAUGUUCUCAUCUUUCUCGUUAACAGCCGUCGGGCGGUGUAUGUGACAGCUGGAAAAUUCUACGUGAUGGACGUGAAUCGCCUGAGAUCAGUUAUAACGCAGGCCUUCAGCUUCCUGACUCUGCUCCAGAAGUUGGCCGCCAAGAAGGCCAUCACGGAGCCCUAA